AUGGGUGAGGAGCUCACCAAGGAGCAGCAGAAGCUGUACCAGUACGCUGGCAAUUCAAAUCUCGUACUUCAGUCUGACCGCUCCGGGCUGGCGCGGCGGGGCGAGCGCGGCAAGGAAGUCGAGUCAUUGUAUGGCAAAAUCGAUGCGCGCGACAUGGGCGCUAAUGUGCGGCAUGAAGCGCCCCCCAAGGCGCCGACACAAGGCAAAACCAGACGCGAGCAGCGCGCCCUGCGGACAAACUAUGGAUACACGAAUAUUCUGGCGGCAACCGAAGACAUCGAGGGUGUAGCGUAUCGCCCGCGGUCGCGCGAGACGCGACGCGUCUGGGAGAUGAUAUUGGCACAGGCGCGGAAAUACCUGGGCGACCAAGCACCCGAGGUCCUGAUGUCGGCGACCGACGAGGCACUGGCUGUGCUGAAGAACGAUAAUGUCAGGGAGCGCGAGAAGAAAAAGCAAACUGAGUUCAGCGUGUUUAUUCAGCUGGCACGCCAGAUCACUGACUACGAGGAUGAACCCAUGGAGGUUGAUGCAGGCAGGCCGGAUGCGCAGUCGGGCAUGGCUGUAGCAGGGCAGUUUGUUGUCGAUGGCGAGAGCAGCGGCAGCGACAGCGAAGAUGACGAGGACAGAAAAGCGCCAGAAGAUCAUGGCUCCGAUGUUGGCAGCGUCCAGGGCGAUGAUGAGGCAGGCGGAUACCGGACAGUCAUCCACGGCUUCGGCAAAGACGCUGCAGACGAUGGCUCUGACACAGAGAUGGUCGAUGCCCCGGACCGGCUGCCGCCGCGCAGCAUCGAUGCGUUCUGGCUGCAGCGUGAGAUCGGUAAACACUUCCCUGACCACAUGGCUGCGCUGCGGCUGCUGGCGAAUCGGCGGCUGGCGGCGGGCGAGCUGGAGAACGAGCUGGCGGAGCUAUUCGACUACGACCAUUUCGAGACGGUGCAGGUGCUGGUGCAGAACCGUGAACUGAUCGCGGAGGACGACUCGCAGCAAAAGACAGGGAUUGAAGAGGAGAUGCGCGAGAAUGGGCUAGGGUGGAUUGCACAGCAACAGCCGCCACAGCAGCCGCCACAGCAAAGGCAGAGUGCGAGCAGCCAGGACGUGGUCAUGGAGGAGGCCAAGGCAAAUGAGCCCAGGGAUUUUGAGCCCAGGCAGACCAUUGAUCUUGCAGAGUUGGCGUUUACGCAGGGCGGGCAUUUGAUGACCAAUGAGAAGUGGGUGCCACCCAAGGGCGCCGAGAAGGAGAUCCGCGUACCAGCACCCGAACGGCCCCCGCCGGCGGGUGACGACGAGCCAAUUUGGUCACGCACAGCGUUCCCCGGGGCCAAGGAGCUGAACCGCGUGCAGAGCCGCGCCGAUGACAACAUGCUGAUCUGCGCGCCAACAGGUGCGGGUAAGACGAACUGCGCGGCGCUGACAAUGAUGCGGACGAUUGGACAGUUCCGCGAUUCAGCAACGGGCGAGAUCAACGUGGAUCAGUUCAAGAUGGCCCUGGUUGCCGAAGUGGCGGGGUCGUUCAGCAAGCGGCUGGCCCCGCUGGGGAUAUCGCUGACAAAGCAGCAGAUUGCAGCGACGCAGCUGAUUGUGACGACGCCGGAGAAGUGGGAUGUGAUUACGCGCAAGGGCGGCGAGGGCAGCUACACGCAGCUGGUGCGGUUGGUGAUCAUUGACGAAAUCCACCUGUUGCAUGAUGACCGCGGGCCAGUGCUCGAGGCGCUGGAGCAGACGCAGCAGCGCGUGCGGCUGGUGGGCCUGAGCGCGACACUGCCGAACUACGAGGAUGUGGCAACGUUUCUGCGGGUGCCGCGGGACCGGGCGCUGUUCCACUUUGAUGCGCGGUUCCGGCCGUGUCCGCUGCAGCAGGAGUUUCACAUCAAGCGGCUGGAGCGCAUGGACCAGGUGUGCUACGACAAGGUGAAGAAGCACGCGCAAGGCAGCCAGGUGCUGGUGUUUACUGAGUCGCAAACAGGUCUCGCAAUUCUGGAGGAUGCGGCAGAGUCAACGCGCGACCAGGCACUAAAGGAGCUGCUACCGUUUGGGUUUGGCUGCCACCACGCCGGCAUGUCCAAGGCGGACCGCGGGCAGAUGGAGGACUUGUUCGCAAAUGGGCGGCUGAAGGUGCUGGUGUCGACGGCGACGCUGGCAUGGGGAGUCAAUCUGCCUGCCCACGCGGUGAUUAUCAAGGGCACGCAGCUGUCGCCGCAAGACGUGCUGCAAAUGCUAGGACGUGCGGGCCGCCCGCAGUACGACACGUUCGGUGAGGGCCUGCGGUACUACCUGUCGCUGCUGAACCAGCAGUUGCCAAUCGAGUCUCAGCUCAUGUCGCGGCUCGCCGACGCACUAAAUGCUGAGGUGGCGCUGGGCACGAUCCGGUCGCGCAAUGACGCGGUGGACUGGCUCGGAUACACGUACCUCCCGUCGGUGUACGGAGUGCCCGGUGGCGAGAUCGAUGAGGACCCGGCGUUGGUGGGGCGGCCGGCCGUGGAGCUUGCGCGUAGCGCAAUGGUGCAGCUCGCCCACCGCGACAUCGACAUUCUGCGUUUCCGGCUGAUUCCGGUGCGCGCCGAGGAGCGUCGCGUGCCGGCCAAGAUCAACGUAUUGCUGCAGGCGCACAUCGCCAGUCUGGGGUUGACGGGCUUUGCGCUGGUGUCGGAUAUGGUCUAUGUGACGCAGUCGGCGGGGCGGAUUUUCCGGGCGCUGUUUGAGCUGUGUCUGCCGCACCGCGUGCUAGGUUGGUGCAAGCAGUUCGGGCGGGCCUGCCCCACAGAUCUGGUGCGGUCGGUUGAGCGCAAGCCGUUCCCGUGGGCGCGCUACCUGGGCGAGCUGGUCGGGUCGCCCAAGGCUGGUCGCCUAUUGCACGGCCUGGUGCACCUGGUGCCGCGCCUGGAGGUUAGCGCGCACCUGCGGCUCACCCCUGAUUUCCGGUGGCAGGACGCGUUCUGGAUCUGGCGGAUGCUGCACUCGGAGCUGUUUGUGCUGAAGAAGCUGUAUGUGGGGCAGGAGCACCCGCUGCCGCCGCAGUACUUUGUGUGCACGCGCCUGGCUGUGUCGUUCAACUGCAUGACGCUGAGUUCGAGUGCGUUUACCAGGCUGCCGAGUCGCCAAUGCAGCGCACCGCGCCGGGCUCCGGCAAGACGUUGGCUGGGGAGCUGGCGCUGCUGCGGUUUUUCAAGCACGAGGCGCUGCGGGCGCGAGCUGACGCGCUGGCGCGGGCACGAGCACAUGAGUGGCAGCAGCGGUUUGCAUCGCUGCAGGGCGGAAAGACUGUGGCGGUUCUGUCAGGCGACCUGGCCGGGCGACUUGAAGCGGAUUGAGAACGCACACAUUAUUUGGCGGGCGCGGCAGCAUCACGCGGUGCGUGAGAUCGGGCUGGUGAUUGCCGAUGAACUGCAUUGCGGCUCGGACUAUGGUGCUGGCGCGGACCUUGUCGGCGACCAGCUGGCGGCCACAUAUGAGGUUGUUGUUAGCCGCAUCGAGCGGCCCAUCCGCAUCAUUGCCCUGUCAGUCCCAUUGGCCAAUGCGCGCGAUGUGGCUGCGUGGAUCGGCGCUCCGCCAUCGGCCGUGUUCAAUUUCUCGCCGGCUGUGCGCCCAACGUCAACCAUUCCGCAUUUUGCGUCGCGUAUGGCAGCCCUUGCGGCACCGACGUACCGGGCCGUGUGCGGGGACCCGUCGCGGGAGCCGGCGAUUGUGUUUGUGCCGAGCCGCCGCCAGUGCCGCGUGGUGGCUGGCGAGCUGUUGACACUGGCGGCGGCUGAUGGCGCUUCUAUUAUUGAGUCGGCCAUUGGACGGUUCCUGGCUUAUGGUGUUGGGUACUACCAUGAGGCGCUGACGGAUGCGGACCGCCAGACCGUUACUGGUUUCCGCGAGACCUGCUGGGCACUGGACUCGGUGCAUGCGCAGACCGUGCACCGGUAUGUCGACUACAGCAUCCCUGAUGUGUUGCAGAUGAUGGGCCGGGCGUCGCGCCCCGGCAUCGACACGAAGGGCCUGUGCCGCGAGCUGUACAAAAAGUUCCUGUACGAGCCGCUGCCGCUGGACGAAAUUCAGGAGGCUGUGGACUACCUGACGUGGACGCUGAUGUACCGCCGCCUGGGCACGACGCAUCCAGCAUCUAUCCGACUACCUUGCGUGACCUUGGAUGACGACGAGGUUGGCGUGUCGGCGACCAACCUAGGCAUAAUCUCGGCCUUCUACCAGAUCCGCUACCUGACUGUCGAGAUGUUUGCGUUGUCCCUGGCCGCCAAGACGAAGCUGCGCGGCGUUCUUGACAUUGUCUCGGCUGCUGACGAGUUCGAGGCGCUGCCGAUCCGCCAUCGCGAAGCCCAUGUACUGAAUAAGAUUGCGCGGCGCUGCCCACUGGCGCUGCCAUCGACUUCCAAUGAUAGCGACGACGGCCGGUGGAAUUCGCCGCGCGUGCGCACCCACCUGCUUCUACAGGCGCAUUUCUCGCGUCUUGCGUUGCCGGCGGAUCUGGCGGCCGACCAGGCCUGGGUGUUGGCACGCGUGAUGCCGCUGUUGCAGGCGCUGGUGGACGCGCCGGCAUUGGCCUCUAUGGAGCUGUCGCAGAUGUGCGUGCAGGCCAUGCAGGUGCCGCAUCUGGGCGGCUCUGAACGCCUGCAGAUGUGCGAGUCCAUGCAGGUCGACAGCGUCUUUGCUGUCAUGGAUAUGGAGGAUGAGGAUCGGGCCAACCAGGUCGCCGAGGUCGCAGCCUAUGUGAACCGGUAUCCGAACAUCGAAGUGGAGUUUGAGGUUGCUGGGGAGGUGCACGCCAAUGGCAUUGUUAGCCUUGUGUUGUCGCUGGACCGCGAGUGGGACGAGGAAGAAGAGGGAGAUAUUCCAGGCCCUGUUAUUGCGCCGUUCUUCCCCUAUGCGCGCGCCGAGGGCUGGUGGGUGGUCAUUGCCGACGGCCAGACCCUGGUCAAUGUGCGCAAGAUCAGUGUCGGCAAGGAACUGCAACGCACGAUCAAGUUUGCCGCGCCUGAAGUCGCCGGGCAGAGGAAUCUGAAGAUGUUCCUGAUGUGCGAUGGAUAUUUGGGGUGCGACCAGGAGCUGGAUGUCGAGUUGGAUGUGCUGCCGCCGGAAGAGGAGAGCGACAGCGAAUAGGUAGAAAUCGCUUCUUAACCUUUUUUUUAUAUUUGGAUAUUGCUGGAAAAUGGAUUUGCUCUAUGCUGAU